AUGGCUUGCUAUUUUCUACUGAAUAUUAUGAUCAUCCUGUCCUCUUCUCUCUUUCCUGUUUGUGCUAGUGAAGACAUUUUGAGAGCAGGCGAAUCACUCAACUCUAACCAAACCUUAACAUCAGCUGGUGGAAAUUUUGCGUUAGGCUUCUUCAGUCCAGGCAAUUCCACCAACAGAUACAUUGGCAUAUGGUACAAAACAAUCUCCAAACAAACAGUCAUAUGGGUUGCUAAUAGUGAAAACCCUCUUGCCCAGAAUUCUACAGCGGUUUUCAGGCUCGGUGAUGAUGGGAAUCUUGUGAUUUUUUAUGGAAGAGGACAGGAUACAAAUCUCAAGGUUUUACCUCUUUUUUUAAGUUUCGUAGAAGAAGGUGAUGAAAUUUAUCUCAGUUGCAGUGUCCCUGGAAGUUCGAAUAAAAUAAGAGCCAUGCUAACUCCUAGUGGGCAAGCGCAGGUCCUUUUAUGCGAACAAAGUGACAAUUCAUGGGUAGUUGCAUGGAAGUUGCCAGUAGUUGAGUCCAAAUGUGAUUUUUAUGGCCAGUGUGCUCCAUUUAGUAGCUGUGAACAAAAUGGUUUGCAUCCAUUUUGCAGUUGUUUGCAGGGUUUUGAACCUAAAGAUCAGAAUUCUUUGAAUCUUGGAAAUUGGACAGGAGGCUGUGCCAGGAAAAUGGCACUGACAUGUGAUCUGGGAGAUUGGUUUUUUAAGUUUGAAAGAACAAAAUUGCCCGAUUAUUCAAUCUCUCUUGGAAAUAUGACUGUUAGUCAAUGUGAAUCCAAAUGUCGUGACAACUGCUCCUGCACAGCUUAUGCGUAUGCUAAUAUGAGUGGAGAAACUACUGUGCAUUGUAUGAAUUGGUUUGGGGAUCUCAUGGACCUAAAAGGCAAUGACUACCAUGGAAAAGACCUUUAUAAGCAUAGAAGCAAAAGUCUAAUUGUGAUUGCAGCAGUUGCCAUCUCUGCAGGAUUGCUUCUUAUUAGUAGCUUUGGCUAUGUCUUGAGGAUGAGAAGGCUGAGAAGUCAAGAGACAAUAGAUGGAGAUUCGCACGAGCUUGAUGCCAACUCUAGUGCAUCUGUUGCUGGGCCAAGUAAUGGAGAAUUGUUAUCGUUCAGUUUAAGAAGCAUAUUAGCUGCUACUGACAACUUUUCUGAAGUAAAACAACUUGGAGAGGGUGGGUAUGGACCUGUUUAUAAGGGCAAUUUGCCUGUAGUACAAGAAGUAGCCAUUAAAAAGCUAUCUAAAAAAUCAUUACAAGGAACAGAGGAGUUCAUGAAUGAGUUGAAACUUAUUGCCAAACUCCAACAUCAAAAUCUUGUUAGGCUUUUGGGUUGCUGUGUUGAACAAGAGGAAAAGAUACUAAUCUAUGAGUAUAUGUGCAAUGGAAGCCUAGAUAAAUUGCUAUUUUGUACAGCUUUACCUUUUUUCUGCCCUUCUAAACAAGCCAAUCUGGACUGGAGUAAACAAUUUCGGAUCAUAGAAGGGAUUGCUCAAGGUCUUAUCUACCUGCACAAGUAUUCUAGAUUGAAAGUCAUUCACAGGGAUUUAAAGGCAAGCAAUAUUUUGUUGGAUGAAGCAAUGAAUCCCAAAAUUUCGGACUUUGGAACUGCAAUGAGUUUUGGAAUAAAUCAAACUGAAGCAAAUACCAUGCGGGUGGUGGGCACAUACUUUGUAGUGUUAAUGUUAGAGAUCAUGAGUUGCAAGAGAAACACUAGUUUUCAUCUCAUUGAACUCUCUCUAACCUUUUUAGGAUGGGCUUGGGAGAAUUGGAAAGAAGGUAGCUGUUUGAAGUUCAUUGAUCCGUCAAUAAGAGAAACAUGUGACAUUCAGGAGGCAUUGAAGUGUAUUGCUGUGGGGCUUUUGUGUGUUCAAGAAUUUCCCAGAGAUCAACCAACAAGGUAUAUUGCUAUUCUCAUGAGAAGCAAUGAAAACGUGUCAAUUCCAUCACCCAAAGAACCGGCUUUUUCAACUUGUAGGAGUUCAAACACUGUUAGCUAUCCUUCUCAAACAUCUAGUAGCUAUUCCAACAAUGAGGUGACAAUUACCAUGCCAGAUGCUCGAUAG